AUGACCGGUGAAGGAACCAGGCAUGGGAGCAGAGGGAAGGGAUUGCCAAAGGUGUUGUUCGGCCUGUUUCUCCUCCCUCAGCCUGGUCCGUUCUUCCUCAAAGUGGCGGACUUUCUGGGAAACAAUCCGCCUCCAAUUCAUAUGGUCCUCGGAGAGGAUGUCAAGGUCAGCAGGAGAGAUGUUACAGGACUGCAGGGACUGCUUCAAGAAGUCCUUCCAACACUUCUUGGGUCUUCCAUGGGAGUGGGUCCCUUCUGUGAGUUCUCCGUAGAGGACCAUCCAGGGGCUCAGGCGAAUGCUGAAUAUAUCUGCGCACACACACGCAUGUACACACACACACAGGUAGACAGUCCAAGAAGGUCACGAAGAAACAGAGACAUAGAAGGAGAAAGUAUUUCUUCAUGGGACAUCAUGCGGGUCUGUGUAUUCAGGUUGCACACCCAUCAGUGGUGUUUCCUGCUCUGUAAUGUUGUGCUGUUCCAUGCGCUGUUGUUUGGUGGUGACAUUGUGGAAGAGUUCCUGCUCCAGUCUUCUCCAGCUGCUUAUACUGACCGUGCUGUACUUGAGCUCCGUGAGCGUGCACGCAAACUGGAUCUGAGUGGUACUAUGCCCAACUCCUCACAGAUUUACCCUAUUAACUUCAACCCCUGCCUUCAUCACCAAGACCUCCUUUUUCUCACUAUUGUGUUUAGUGGCCCAAAUAAUGCCAGCCAGAGAGAAGCAAUCAGAAGCUCAUGGGCCAAUCAGACAUUGGUGAAGGACGUGGCAGUACGAACCCUGUUCUUUCUAAACCCAUCCAUCUUGGAGACAGAGCAUCAGGUGGUGUGGGAAGAGGCUGUCCGUCAUGGUGACAUGGUACAGUGUGAAGGGCCUUUGUCACGCAAUCACUGGGGUCAGGUCAAACUAGCUCUGCAAUGGGUUCUGUUUUUCUGUCCUCAUGCCCGAUUUGUGGUUUUGACAGAGGAUUCAGUUUUUUUAAAUGUUCCAGCACUUGCCACCUACUUGCUUACUCUCCGUACACAUCCCGAUGAUCUGUACCUGGGCAGGGUCAUUCAUCAUGCUUCACCUGAACGAAACUUUAACAAACCCCAUUAUGUCUCCUUUCACCUCUACCCAGACAGGUCUUUCCCUGACUACUGCUCUGGCCCUGCCUUCCUCAUGUCACAGGACGUAGUGCGUAAAGUUCACGUGGCAUCUCAGGAUAUAGCUCUGGCCCUCCCAUCAGAUGUCUUAAUUGGUCUGUGUGCAAGAGCAGCAGGCAUUGUGGCUACCCAUAGCGCACGCUUUUCUGGAGAACGGCAUGUGCGCUACAACCCCUGCUGCUAUAACUUCCUGUUCAGCUCAGCCUCAGUGGAUGCAGAGCUGAUGCGCAUGGCCUGGAGAGAUUUGGGCAAGGGACGAGGGCGGCACUGUAGCAUGUUAGAAACGUAUUAUAGUUUGGUAGUAUGCAAGGCUAUGACUUACCUAAACAGUGUUAAUUUUCUCAGUGGUAACAACACAAAAGAUUGA